AUGGUGAUCUGGUAUACUGCACACCGCUUGUGGAUGAACACCGUCGUUCUAACGCUCUAUAGUGAACUCGAUCCCCCAGUCCGUGAAACAGUCAAGCAGAUCACUGCUCAGAUCUGGACAAUUGGCACAUCAAUUCUCUGCUACGCUUUCGAGGACACUGAACAUCAUCCUGCAAACUUAUUAGCCUCUUGGAAAGAUGGGUCAACGAUAUUCCACUUAGUUCGUCGAAAUGCAAGUUCGCCGCCAGUUCCUGCACCCGGCCUUGGAGACGCGAGUAUAGGUAGAGUCUACGACGCUGGAUGUGCUUCCGGAGUCUGGUUCAUCGGAAAUGAAGCUGUGGUUAAAGUCAAGUCAUGGACUCCGGGACUGCAAUCUGAAGCGUCUACGAUCAAGUUUGUGCGGGAGAAUGCCCCAAGUGUUCCUUUGCCGGAAGUUAUCUGGUAUUGGGAAGACGAAGCUGCGAAUCGUUCAUUCCUUGUGAUGCGGCGUGUUAAGGGAAGGAUUCUAGCAGAAGCGUGGCCUGAUUUGAGUGAUGAACAGCAUGCUAGAAUAGCUAAAGAUGUUGCCUCGCACGUGGAGACGCUUGCAACCUUUACGAGAUCGCGUUACGAGUCUGUGGACAAAUGCGGAAUACUAGAAAAUUGGUUUAUGAAAAACAUUCCACCUUCAACACCUUACUGGCGACGCGACACCCUUGGCCCAUUCUCGAUCCCGGAAUUGAGGGCAUAUAUGACAUUAAUCUCAACGGCCACACCACCUCAGCUAAACGAUCCAUUUGUCCUCUUCCACUCCGAUCUCAACGCAGUGAACAUCAUCGUUCGAGAUAACGACGAGUGUAUUACAAUUCUAGAUUGGGAAUCUGUAGGAUUUUUUCCAAGGUGUUGGAUUGCGACAAAAUGCAGAAAUUUUCGCGUUGAAAACGAACGACUCUCGGAGGAAGAUCAGAUGGGAUGGCGAGACGCCUUGAAAAGAGCCCUAUAUAUUAGAGGCUUUGUUGAUUGUGAGGAAGAGUUUGUCACAUGGCGAAAAGCACUUCACCAAUAG